AUGAACACCUUCAUCCCUGCUACCGAUCAUCGCCCGAUUACUGCAUCAAUGGUUCUGACUUCUCCCCUUAUGCAUGCAGCAUCACUGCACCUUCCCGACUCACUACCACCACCCGAUGUCCCUCCCAGGCAUUACUAUCCUUGGCGCCACGAGAAACACCGCUUCCGCACUUAUGCUGACAAUGUUGAGCAGCUAGUCCAUGCUGAACACCUUGAUGACCACGACAUCUCCGAUGAUGACUCCUUUCAAUUCUGCUAUGAUGCACUGACCCGAAUUUUCCAUUCCGCAGCUGAUGAUGCUUUUGAACUACCUCGUACCCGAAUGCAACAUGUGCACCCCUUAUCCAGUCCUAGCUUGCGCCAACUUGUAACUGAGAUUCGCCGCAUCAAUUGCCUCAUCUCCGCUGAACGUCAAGCACGAAUUCCAUUGCUCGCUGCACGCGCUCCCUGGGCCUCUACCUACCUCCGCGCUUUCUCCUUCACCCAACACUCCGACGCCCCAACUUGUCAUUCACUACUGGUGUUCCUCACCUCCAUAUGGUGCACACUGAAUAAGCUCAGAUACCGUGAAGAACACAAGGAACUUCAACGUCGCGCCACCCAAACAGCGAAGCGGCAGAUCAAUAGCGUCCUCCUAGGUGGAUCAUCGAAGAAGCUCUAUCAAACGGCUCAUGACACCUCUGGUCCCCCUCUCGCUGUGACACCAGAUGAUGACCCAGACUCAUUCAUUACGGCACCAGAUGAGGUAAAGAUGCACACACAAGCUUACUUUAAUGCUCUUUUUUCCCGACAGCAACGACCACCAAUGGCCAAACCGUGGCUUGACACUCCAUCUGUGACAGAUAUUCGGCAGACCACUGCAGCCAAUCCAUUCCACUGGCCACAGACUAUGUCUCUCGACGAUCUCUGCCUUCUCCUUUGCCGCGGCAAGCCUCGCCCAGCUCCUGGACCUGAUGGGUGGGAGAAGUGGUGUGUGAAAGCACUUCACGACUCAUCUCUCCGCCUUGUCCUCAACCUCUUGAACUAUGAAAUUUCACAAUCUCAUAUUCCUAACAUUGUCAAACCAUGCACGCUCUCCAUGCUGUUCAAGAAAGGACCACGCACAUGCCUCUCCAACUAUCGUGGUGUCUGCUGCAACAACUUCCUGCUCAACACUCCUUUUGCAUGGCUCAAUCUCCGACUCAUGCCAUACCUAGCGCAACACCGCAUCCUCCCAGAAGGACAAGUUGCCACUCAGCCCGGCACUCAAGGACGCGACCUUACCUCCUUCCUCUCCCAAUUGGAAUGUUGGUCCAAUCGCACAUGCACUCCCCUCUAUAUUUUACGUCAUGACCAGCAAAAGGGAUUUGAUCACCUGGAACCACAAGGAUUUUACGAUGCUGUCACUGUAUACGGUCUUCCAUCUUCACUUGUCCAAUUUGACAUUUCGGCACAGUCUGAUGUUCCCUAUCGUAUCAAGACUGCAUUCGGCCUUACAGAACCGAUUGUUAUUUCCGGAGUAACCAAACAAGGCGGUCCUGUCUCAUCGCUCAAAUCUACCCUCACAACAAGCCUUGGCAACCACUGGCUACAGGACACCCUGCUUCAACACCAUGAUGGCAUUAUUGUCUCCUCCACACAGCAUCAUGUGAACGGACCGCACAUUCCGGACGAUCACCUCACACUGCGUGUCGCCAUGGUGGAAGCAACAGAUGACUCCGCCAUCAUUGCAACCUCUCAAAAUUCCCUUCAACGCUCCUGUCUCAUGAUGGAGCGAUUUCAGGUUGUAUACAGUUGGCUAACCAACUGGCUAAAGUCUCUUCUCUUCCUUCUCAACGUUUUGAAUGCUCCCCCUCUUAUGUGCAUGCCUUCUAUCUCUCCCUUUCAGCCUGACUCCGACCUUGUUAUCUGGCAUGAUGUUCGGGUUGUCACUUCGCAUAUUGAUUUCCUCCGUGUCUGCGUAAAUGACCCGCAGCAUCAGUAUGAGAAAAUCCGUGAUAUUAUCCUGACCUUUGACCUACCCAAUCUUUUCCUGCGUCUGCCACUAACCGCCCUCCGGCGUAUCUUUUCACAGUGUCUACUAUCUCGAAUCCGCCCCCACCUCGCCUUCCAACCAAUUUCCCGUCGACAUGCAGCCCAACUCGAUCAUCUUCUUGCCUCAUGCAUACACCAUUACUUCUCGUUUCCCUUUCGCUUCAACUCCCAACUCCUCACUAUCCCCAUUCGCCACCAUGGUUUUGACUUUCCCUCCAUCGCUCGUCUCAAUGACUGUGCAGCCGUUACGGGCCUGCUACGUGACCUCAAUCACCACAACCCCACCUUCCGCAAUAUGGCGCGCAUCACCCUCGCUGACUGA